AUGGCAGCAGCGGGAGUGCUACCGCUUCCCACAGCCAUAGUCGUCCGCGAUGCGCGCUCCGACGCUGUUCUCGCGCAGUUCCUAGGCGGCAAGCCGGCCGGCGAGGUAUGCGACGCGUUGGAGCGACUCACGGGGUCGCCGGGCUGUCUCGUGCUCGGCGACAAGGCCUCGCAGGGUGCACCGCUCGUGUUGACUGAAUCGGAUGUGAUACAAUCGGGGACGUACCACUGGCGAGUGGCAGUAACGAGGUCUUCCUCUCAACCUACCGCCCAGCCAACACACCCCCCGUACAAUCACACCCGCCACCGUCACCAUGAUUGGUCCAGUCAACUCGCGGCGUCCAUACUCGCUAUACUCAUCCUCGGUUCAGGCAUCCAGCUGCUUAUCAUGCUUGCAGCGCUCCCGUUCUGCGGCUACCGCUGGUCCUGCGCCUUCUCCCACUACCGCUCGUUCAUCUCCUUUAUAGACGGACCCUUUAAGGUGUUCGCGUUCGCCGCGGCCGGGAAGCAAGGAGAGGCAGGCUCGAGAAGAGGUUCGGACACAGGGCUGGUUGUGGAACCAGGGCUAGCAGCAGCGCGAGGUCUGGGAAAACCUGGAUCAGCAUUUUUGUCUUCUCCUCGGGAUUCGGUCAACUUUCAUGACUCCCUUCCCGUGGCAUCAACAACUCUCUCACAUGACAACUCCCCUGGCUCACCCUGCGCAAUGCCCUUCUCGUCCUCCGUUGCUUUCUUUACAACCUCCCCACCGCGAUCUUUUGCUUCUAGAGGUAGUCUUCAUGGGAAGAUUUCGUCCUCGUUGUCUGCGUACUUUGUGAGAAGGUCAAUCUCUGAUGGUGGCGGCAAUGGUGAUGUGAGCAAGCGCAAAGAAGACUAA